AGAGCAAACUUAAAGUACAGCUAUGUUCGCUUUGUUAACGUUAUUAGCUAAAUUAACUUUAUAUUAAGUAGAGUAAAGACUUGUCGCUGCAUCUGGACAACAGAAGUACCAGUUGGUGAAGAGUGCCCUGCCAAGUAAAUGUCCCAUAGCCACCAGUUAAAACAGAAUUUUGAUGCAAAAGUGCAAAAGGUCAGUGGAUUCAGCAGAGUCCUGUGUAAAAAGUGGCAGAGAUGGUGGCCGUAGGAGAGGAGACGAGGACAACAACAGUGCUCUUCCCCAAUCCUACCCGGAGGCUUUUGUCUCAGGGGAAUGGGACAUCAAAUGGGAGGACGCUUGGGAAGCAGAGUUUAUUCAAGCAGGAUGUGAAGCAAGAUACGGGCAAGGUAAACCACUCUGAGAGCAAGCAGCACGUGUUCACUCAUGGUCUCCAUCGCCUACAUCAUUUCUCCUGUGACAGCCCUGUACAGUUCAUGAUGUAUUCUGAGGCUGCAGCAGCAUUUAUUAGCCUCCAUUCAGACAACACAGUUUGCCUUUACAAAGCUGAUGGCCACAAGCAGACGACCUCAGCACACCUCCCUUUCAUGGGCCUGACCGACACAAAGAUCCCUGGCUAUGUGGUGGGUUGGGGCCCAGGGCCUGUCUUCACACUGCUGGACCAUGACUUACGCCCCCUGGAUGCUGCUCAUGAUGCCCUGGACAUACGUGUGUGUCAGGCUGCAGAGCACUCCGCAGAGGUGGUGACUGCAGGUUUUGGCAAUGUGUGUGUGUGGUCAGUGAUGCUCAUGAGGUGUAUGGUGAAGAUACAGGAGGAGCUGCAACACAGCACUUUCACUCAAAUGGCAUUGGCUCCCCCGCGAUCUGACAAGCCCCACAGAGCCUUCGUUGUGUGCAGGCGGGUUGUGACGGUGGUUGACCUUGAUGAUAGGAAAGUUUUGGAGCACAAGAGGGAUCUCUGCUCACGAGAUAUCACUGCAAUUACGUACUGCUCUCAACUGGGCUGUUUGAUCACUGCAUGUGAGGAGCUCUCCAUUAGAAUAUGGGGUCCAGAUUGGGAACUUCGUGCGACUUUUGUAGGACACACUGGUGUGGUGAACUCUUUGUUUUACUCGUCUGCGUUAAACAUGCUGUUAUCAGCCUCUGUGGAUUGUACGAUCUGUUGCUGGAACGUGGAAAAGGGUGACAUGGUCACAUGUGUCCACACAGAGCAGGAAAACCCUCUCUUGUGCAUUGGAGGCACUAAAACAGGAGAUAUUUUCUCCUCCUCUCACCAGGGAGUUGACAUGUGGACCAUCAGAACCUUGUACACCCUCCACUGUAAACUUAGAGAGGAUGAAGGAGCCCCACUGAGACAAAUCCUAGCUUCCCCCUUCCCUGCUCCUUACCCUGCACGACUCCUCUGUGUGAGCAGGGACAGUGAUAUCACGCUUUUGGCUGCAGAGACAGGAGCAGUGUUGACUUCCUUCAAGGCAAAGCAGAGGAUUUUGUGUGCCGAGUACUGCCUGCAAAAAGAGCUUCUGCUGGCUCUGACUGACACAGGUACACUGCUCCAAGCCAACACACUCACUAAUCCAAUCUCUUUGAUGCAAGAGUGGAAGGGGAGAGGCCAGGGGCCCUGGCAACAUGGGGAACAUGUGACUGAGAAUAAGGCCCAGCAUCUGCCGAUCCCUGGCCCAGCUUGCUGUCUGAUACUCUACAGUAAUGUGGCUGAAACACAGGCAUCUAUAGAGGAGUGGAGAAGUUUGCAGGAGGCAAGAGGAUACAGUCAGAGGGACGAGACAGCCCUUGAUGAUGACAAGAAUAAGUUUUUGAUCAUUCUUGGCCAAAGUGGAGGCUGUGUGAGUGUUCUGGAAAUUGAUAAUGGGAAGGUCUUGCACAGGGUGCCAGCACACAAUGGCCAGAAAGUCACCACAAUGCAGGUGUAUCCUGAGAACAGUUACCUCCUAUCUGCAGGUGAGGACAUGACAGUGGUAGUGUGGAGAGUAAACCCGCAUUUCCAGGAGUGUCUCAGCCAACAGCUGAGCCUGCACUGUGGCCAGCCUCAAGUCUGCCUGGCAGCGCUGGGGCUCCAGCUGGCUCUGACCUUUCAAGAACCCAGCAGUGACCCCUACAAUCUGAUACACUUUAACCUACUCAACCAGAGCCAGACUGAUCACCUAACCAAGGGAGGACAUGCAGACCACUUCACAGGAUUGUGUGUAUGUCCUGAUCUGGAGGUCUUUGUCUCCAGCAGUCUAGAUGGGACAGUGUGUAUGUGGAGCAAGGAGAAUCACCUCAUCAGGACACUGCAGCUAAAUGCAGUGCCUGAGUGUCUGGCUUACAGUAGGUGUGGAGGGGAAUUGUUUCUUGGCAUCAAAGGGGAUCUGUACAAGAUGAACUGUGCAGACUUCCUGCCACACAACUAUCAACAAAUGCGCCUUUACACUUAUUGUUCCGAGCCCCUUCCUGACAUCCACACUGUUGAGAAUAAAGAAAAGUGCAGCAAAAGAAAGAAUGCAAGCACAAAAAAAUACAAGGAAAAGGAGCUGUCAGCAGUCACCAGCAAUUUAUUACUGACCCAAGACAUGUGGAGAUACAAGGAGUAUGAGAGCUCAGUGACUCCAAACAUGGACCUAGGUGCACUCCGAUGCAAAAAAGGGAAGCCUUUCUCUACAAAGGAAAUCAGGAAAGACGCUUUUGAUCGCUACAUGAAGAUAAUAUAUGGGUUGCCCCACAAUAUUAAGAUUGAUUUGGAGGACACCUUUGACCCAGAUAAACUUGAGAUAAACACAGUUUAUCCUGAACCAAAUGAUGACAAGCCUCAUAAUCUUCCAACCUUAAUGGAGGAUGUCUGUCCUGAGCCUAUAAAGAUUCCUGUGAAUGUGGAGAGAAAGAAGGAGAAAAAAGCUCCAGCAACAAUCUCUAAGCCAAAGACCCUAAUGAAAAUCAAGCCACAGCCUGUUGACAGACUGACACCCAAAAAACCCAUCAGAGUGAAGUAUGAAGAGCCUCCAGAGAUCAUUUCUCCAACAGAGCAACCCAAACCCAUAACUCCUACUCCACGUCCUCACCAUCCAACAACCCUAACACCACGGGAACCCACCCCUACAGUGCCAACAUUCCUCAAACAGUUUGCGGAUGCUGAUUGGUUUAAAGAUCUGUAUCCCGAUAAAAAGUGUAUCCCCAGCACCCUGUCACCUGGGGAUUUCUCCCUGCAGCUGCUGGGCCGUCUAAACACCUGCAGCACUCCAUUUAAGCUGAAGAUCCUGGCUGCACUGCAGGCACUGCACAGCCAGGGACUCUUACACAAUACAGACAGGCUUUACCAAGACCUCAUUGACCUGGUGCCCAAAUUUGCACGACCUCACAUGUCAUCUGAGGAACGGGCUGCGCUUGGUGAAAUGUUGAAUCUGUUGAUGCAUCUCAAAUCUGUCAGCUGUGACUUUGUGAAAAAGCUGCUCACUCUUCUGGCUCUUAAAAAACUGGGUCUGCGAGAAAUAGUGCUGCGCAUACUUACUGCAUUAGGUGUAAAUGAGGCUGAGCAGUGGUUGUGGCCAGAGUUGGAGAGCUGGGACUCGGAGCUGCAGGACCAGUCUAACAUCUGGAAGAGCCUCCAUGACAGAGCAGAUUCUUGGCUGCAGAUAUGGAUCAACAAAUACAAAGUCAGACAUUUCAUUUAAAUUUUAAAUAAGUUUAU